AAGAUAGCCAAUCGGUGUGUUGGGUAAACAACGGAGAAAUUUUUGAAAUCUCCUUGUGGUCAGUAUGCUUAUGGCGUCUGUUGUCUAUCAGAUUAGUAACGAAGAUCUUUUUGAUUUAUGGGCACCUAUAUAUUACUCUGUGUAUUGAAUAUUGCAACUGUUUAUGAGCAAGGUAUAAUGGAUUUGGCAGCUAGUGAUUUAGAAAAGACCUCUGCUAUAAAGCGAGAGGCAAUGGUUAGCAAACUACAUAACAUGCAAUGGCUGAAAAAUACAUCCCAUUCAACAAGCCCUGUAAAAGCAAAAAUUCUUUAUAAGCAAAGGAGAAGUCACGAUGAGGAUGAUAAAGUAGAAGAUAAGACGAUAGAAGAUAGCAAGGUUAAUUUAUCUGAAGAGUCUUGUGAUCACCAUUUAACAAUGGAUACAUGUGUGAAAGAUUUAUCUACUGACCCCAUGGCUAAAAGUAAUACAAAUUUAUGGAAGAAAGAUACGGAUACACCUGAUAUGCUACUAAAUGCUCAUGCAUUGAUUAUGCAAAAAGUUGAAGAAGAAGAAAUAUCAAGCAAACCUAUCCAGGAAAAUCUUGUAACAACACAGCUGGAAGAGCAGUGCCAUGCAGAUAAGGAACUGAAAGAUCAAAAAAAUAUGUUGCAAAGUAUUCUUAAAGAUGAGAUGCAGAAUGUCACAUGUCCGAAUUUUUCUGAGCUGCAAAAUAUUGAUCAUUAUAUAAAAGAGCCAGAUCUAAUAGAAAAUGCAGACAAAAAUAAUAAUGCCAAACCUAUAGUGUUAGAUGUGUCAAAAGAAAGUACACCAGAGCCAUCAGAAAAUACCAAAACAUCAAUGGAAAUGAAGAAUAAGGAUGCUUGCAUAAAGAAAUCCACUACUGCAUUAAAAACAAAUGUCAAGAAUGCAAGUAAUGCAACUUUAUCUAAAUGUUGCAACGAAAAACCUUUCUCUGUUAAUUCUAAGAGGUCGCUUUCCAAUCUAUCAAAAUCGCCUUCUACUGACAAAUACGGAAAGCCUGAACGAGUCAACAAUAAACAUGUAUUUACAAAGAAACAUUCCUGCAUGAAGGAUGAACAACACAAUGUUCCAACUAAAGGAGUAGAAAAUAAAACAAAGGAUAUUGUUCCAAAGUUGGUUUUAUCAAAGACAAAUAUUGAGAAAGAGUCUGAUAAAUCAACCGAUGUUAGCCAGAGCGAUCAGAAAGUACAAGGUACUUCACCCUGUACUUCCUCCUCAAGUAAGGAUAAAACGUUGCAAAUCCAACAACGAGUAACUACAAAACCAUUUACAACGAAAUUCAAAGGGCAGGAGUUUUCAAGAAGUAAUCCAUCAUCCGCGCAUAACCGUACUAUUGAUAAAAACAGAGUUCCAGAGAAAGCAACAUAUACAUCUAAAAAUUGCAAUUCAUCUUCACGCGAAUCCGAGAAGAAGAAUGGCGACAAGAAUUUUUCGAGCGAUCAGAAACCCUAUAUUGCUAAUAAUAUGGUUGUUGCACAUUGCAAAAACUCGAAUUUGUCAAAACCCAUGAAAACUAAGAACAUGUCAGGAAACGUCGGACAUUCUGCAACUUACGGAAGAAACCCACUGUACGCUCGUAAUAAUACAACACCUGAUAAGGAGCUCGUUGGUAACGCCGAGUACACAACUGUUACGAAAGUAAAAAGAGACUGCCCACCACCGACCGACACACUUCCCAACACAAACAUAAGAACUGACGGACUUUGUGCAAGUAAUUUGGAGGCUGAUACGCAACAGCAACAGCAGUUUGAGGGAGACAGAGACAUGCAACUAGCAAAUACAAGCUUGGCAAAUAUACAUGAAACAAGCACGUCGAUUUGUAACAAUGAAGAUAACGCAAAUUUCACAGAAGGUAAGAAACCUGCAAACAAUGAGGAUUGCGCGGAACAGAUAGCUGUAACGUCAGAACAAAGUUGUAAGAAUGAAAAAGCGGUCGACAACGUUAGAACCGUUGCAAGUCAACAACCAACGGAUGUGAACAAUAAAGCGAAUUACGAAGAGGUCAAGCCAUCAAAGGACUCGUUCGGCUUACACUUAAAUAAGAGUUACACAGUAUCGCAGACUUAUCCGAUAAGUCAGCAUGUAUUCAAGCCGGAAGACACGCAGCAGCAGACACAGGACGCGAAUCGAAUGAAGAACAAUCAAAUUAUUUGGAACGAUAUGUCCGACCCAAUGCAGCAGAAGAGCGCAAUGAUCGUAGGUUUGCAAUCUGUUCAAAAUAUGCAUUCGCAGCAAACUGUCAUGCAAACGGAAAACCACAUGAGACAGAUGUCAUUGCGGGAAAUGGACAGUGAGCGAUUUUACGAGCAACGCGUGCCGAUGAACGACACGACGCGGCUGUCGCAGAUUUCGAACGUCUUCGACGCGGCAUCGUACGAGUACAAUGUGCAAGCGGUCCCGAGCAACAGCGACUCUACGUCCACGCCUAUGUUCGACGCGAUGAGCGACAGUCGAGAGAAUUCGAGCAUGCCGCACAGAUACGCGCCGAAUGUGCAGCAGAGACCUUACACGCCACUGUCGGACUUCACCGGCCACUCUGUGCCAGUAGGUCAUAUCAGUAGAUGGAAUCUUUCGUUGCAGGAUGGCUUCCACGUGGAGCAAUUCGCGAACACCACGCAGCCCGCGACAAUGCACGUUUACAACGCCGCGACCUUCGGACCGGACGACUUUAGCAGCGUGCAAGUGCCGACGACAAAUUGCCUGCCGCCGCACAAUUCGCUGCUCUAUGCACCAACAUGUAUGCAAAGUUGGAAUUCACAGUUGCACUACCCGACACCCGUCUUCCACAAUCCCCCAUGCACCAACUACACGAUGCUGCCUAACCAUGCUGCGGCCGGUCAGCCGAACAAUUACAACGACGGCAGUGUCGCCCCGGUGUCAGUAUGCAUGCAUGAGCAGCCGCAGCACAGGUAUAUUCAUUAUGUACCCGGCAAUUCCGCGAUGCAAAUGCAUGCGAAUUCGAACUAUAUGAAGGGUAUAUAUGGUUGCGAUUUGAAUAACUGCACGGUGGAAACGAGGACCGCCACUGCUGACGACGCUCCUAUGAAAUCCAAUCGGUAUUAUAAAAAGUAUCCGGACAAUUACCGGACAGCCUACGACGUUCUUCAGUACGCGGCACCCGCUUCGCAUUCAAUUCCAAGACCGCAACAGCAACAACAACAACAACGACAACAACCACCACCGUCACAUGCUUUCGUGCCUGCGGCUGUGAAUCAGUAUAACGUCUACGGUCCACCAGGUUCGAAAUAUUAUAAGCAAAAUAUGAAUUUCACGCAGCCUCCGCCGAAGAGCCCGAAAGAUCAGAAGACGCAGGACUUUGUCUGCGAGGACAACAGUCUCGAAGAUAUUCCACCGAUUAUAUCGCCGAAGGAAUUCAUGACGAAUAAUGUGAAUUUACCGAACAAAAACGAUCAGUUCCCGCCGCGCAUGUUUAAGCCGGAUUUGAAAAUAAGAGCGAACACGGGAUACCGCCAACCGUCGUUCCAGAGAUACAACUCCGGCUUCCGCAGAAAUGUAGCAUAUAACCAAAAUUACCCGAGAGAGUAUGCGUCUCCGAACGGUGUUGGUCGUGGUAUCACCAAGACCAAUCAAAACACGAAAAUAUAAACUAUUACAAAACGUAAGAGACGCACAUGUGAUUUAAUUAGCUUUUCUGCGAGCUGUGAUAUGAAGUUUAUUUACAUUAAUGCAAAAAAAUUUAUUUUUCUUUUAAUAUAUAUAUAUAUUUUAUCUUUUGCAAAAGCGCGAUGUUACAUAUCUAAGACAGUCGAAAUUGACGCUUUCAGAAUUAAACGCUGAGACUACUGCAACAUUAUUUGCUAUUUAUCACGAUCUAUUUACUCGUUACAAUUCGUUGUUUCUCGCACUCUCUCUCUUCUUUCCACGAAACGUGGCUUAUAAGAACGUUAAUUAUAAGUUUUGAUAAAAAGUUAAUUUUAAUAUUACAAAAGAAACACUAAUCAAAUGCCAAAAAUGAAGGAAGUAUUAUGUUUAUUUGUGUUAACUAGCAAUAUGAGCAGACUCAAUGAGUGAAUGAGUAUUUCAAAGCUCACUGUGUGUCUUUGUAACUUGAGAAACUAUGUGCUCACAGCUAUUUAAGUUCUCAAUUUAAGUUGAUAAAUUUUUAUAGUAACAUAGAUAUUUAAGUUGUAGAUGUGCGAGAAUUAUUAUAUUAAGAUGUCAUUGCGAGAGUUAUUCAGCAGAUAUUUAGCAUGUAAGAUUUUC